GGAGGAGUGUAUGUCGACUACAGAGCAUAUGAACAGAGACUGGAGCUGUGGACUCACAGGUCUAUACUGAGACACUACUGACUACUGGAGUCGGUACUACAGGACUUCCAGACACACUACUGAAACUACUGGAGUGUUGAACUGAAUCUGAAACGGAACAGAAUCAUGUACUGCACUUCCUAUCCUGUCUCUGCCGGGACCACCAGCAAUAACCUGAUGUAUUGCUACGUCAAAUCUGUUUACGAUCAAUCUCCAAGUCACCACGACCUCAACCCUGACUCCUCCCCCUCCUCCUGUGGCGAACAACAGGGCAUUAACAAUUCAGCUGACAUGUGGAGCUCCAAUGGAAUGAACCAGGCUGGCUAUGGAGCAAUGGGAGGGGCUUCAGCCCACCAAUCAGGAAGCUACAGUAACCUGCAACCGUCACACAAUCACCUGGUCUAUUCUCCCCAUUCAGUCUCACCUGUAGAGGUCAACAGGGGUCUUCCUCCUAUGUCUACCUUCCACCGUAACAACCCUGCUUCAUCUCACUCCCUGUCAGCCAACAGCUCAGAGAACACAACAGGACACCCGUCUACAGGAUGGUCUCAGACCGGAGCAGCCCUGGGGAAAACACUGGCUUCUAUGUAUUCUCCUGACUACACUAGCAGCAGUGAAAACUCCUCCACACCAGAGAGGUCUCCAUCUCCACACACAGGGUCAGCAACGUGUCCCCCAGCUAACCAGGCCUCUCUCUCCUCCAGCUACCAGGCCUCCCCUAUAUCACUGUCUCAGUUGGAGAAUCGUCUAGACAGAUUGGAUGAUGUGACCUAUGUGCUGCAUGACCAUGCGGCAGGACCCCUCCCCAGCCUGUUGAACCAGGCUGACCAUGGACACAGAACCACCAUGGCACAUGACACAGCCAUGGUAGAGGCUGUCAAUCUGAACAACAACAACCACCACCCUGUGUUGCAGAGCUUUUCACAGAACAACCAAGGCCACUCCUUCCCAGCCGGUCUUCCUGCAGGACUUGGUGGCUUGGAUCUGAAGUUGGAGGGUCUGGAGAAAGAUGAGCAGUAUGAGCUACAUCACAGCCAUCACUACCAGGGUCACAGACACAGCCACAGCUCUGACAGCCACAGCCAGCGCUCCGACGAGGAGAGCGUGUCACACAAGACGCAAGGAGACAGCAUGACCAGCAGCAUCCAUGAGGAAGAGGACAACCUGAGCCCUGAGCAGAAGGCUGAGCGGGAGCGGGAACGACGGAUGGCCAACAACGCCCGCGAGCGCCUUCGUGUCCGUGACAUCAACGAGUCGUUCAAAGAGCUGGGUCACAUGACCCAGCUGCACCUGAAGAGCGAGAAGCCCCAGACCAAGCUGCUUGUUUUACACCAGGCCGUGGCUGUAAUACUUAGUCUAGAACAACAAGUCAGAGAGCGUAACCUGAACCCUAAGAGAGCCUGUCUGAGGAGGAAGGAGCAGGUGAAAAUGUCAGCUGGGUUAACAGAUGCCCAGGGCCUGCAGCAACACCAGGCAUCACCACAUCCUGGACUAGACACUGCUAACCCCAUGGGACAUCAUGCCUAAACAUCUAAAACAGAUGAAGUGUGGAAAUGGAUCAUCCUGAGAUGGUGAAAGACUAUCCAAUGACAUUCAGUGUUAUCUCUGGGACCCAGUAGCGAAGAAACAGAAGGAUUUUCGUUGGGAGGGGGGGGGCAACCUAAAGUGUUACAGCAGCUAAUUAAUCACGACAGUAGUGACAAUUUCCUCCUGAUCCACUUUCACUUGUGCCUAAACUUACUUGUAACCAGCAAAUGUUUUGUACAAAAUGUUUUUUUUAAAUAUUCGUUAGUACAGUGAAUGAAAAAUGUACAGUGAAAAAAAAAAAAACACAACACUGUCCUGUUUAAAACAAUGUUUAUUUCAUCACUUUGUAUCCUCCUCUGUCAGUGUUGUCCUCUUAAAAGGCUCUGCAUGGUCAAUUCAACAUCUAGCAGUGGCCGUACAUCAUUAAAUACAUUGGUCCGAACCGCACAACUCCCAGUGAUUCAGGGAUAAUCUCUAUAGCCAUCCAGCUAAUUUACGAGCAACUGGCUAAACGAAAAGACAAGAUCUUAUCUCUACUGAGAUGUCGGAGUCUGUUUCCCGGUGCUUGACAUCGGAGCUCAGCCAAAAUAACAUGAAGUACAAAGGCUGCAUCUCCAUCAUGAAUCUCUCCAUUCUCUCCCCCCAGCAGAAUGAGUCU